CGUCACCGUCGGGCCUCGGACCCGAUCUCUCUCCGGCCACCUCCCCCUCCCUCUCCCGGUCGCCGUCCUCGACGUGCACACUCUCGACGCGUCGCACAUCGGCCUCAGCGCGUCGCACAUCGUCUUCGUUGCCUCCGUCAACCCCGACGCGUCCCCCGCAGUCCGUUCUCAUGCUGUCCACACGCCGCCUCGCCCUGUCUGCUUCGCGUCUCGUACGCGCGUAUUCGGUUCCGCACGCAGCCCAGGGUAUGCCGCCGCCUCUCCGCGGCAUCAAGGUCGUCGACCUCACCCGCGUCCUCGCCGGGCCAACCGCGACGAUGCUCCUUGCGGACCUGGGCGCCGACGUGAUCAAGGUUGAGGAGGUUACUCGCGGCGAUGACACUCGAGCAUGGCAUCCCCCCGCCGCCCCUCUCUCGCCCUCCGCACCGUCCGAGUCUGCCCACCUUCCGCCGGAGUCCGCAUAUUUCCUUGCCGUGAAUCGCAACAAACGCUCGAUGACCGUCAACUUCAAGCGUCCCGAAGGCCUCGCCAUCAUUCACAAGCUCAUCCAGCAAGCUGAUAUCCUCGUCGAGAAUUACAUACCCGGCAAGCUCGCUACUAUGGGCUUAGGCUACGACGACUGCCGCAAGAUCAACCCACGAUUAAUUUAUGCAAGUGUCACUGGCUAUGGGCAGACGGGUCCCUAUCGUCAGGCCGCCGGCUACGACGUGAUCAUCGAGGGUGAAGCCGGCCUUAUGCACAUCACCGGAGAACCAGACGGCCCGCCAUGCAAAGUCGGCGUAGCAGUCACCGACAUCUCCACCGGCCUGUACGCUCACGGUGCGAUCAUGGCGGCAUUACUGUCGCGACAACAAACCGGGCAAGGCGCGUGGAUCGAUUGCAACCUGUUUGAGUCUCAGCUAGCGGGACUCGCUAACAUCGCUUCAAACUACUUGAUUGCUGGCCAGGAAGCUGGGCGUCACGGAACGGCUCACCCAUCGAUUGUUCCCUACCAAGUAUUCCCAUGCCAGGAUGGUUUCAUCAUGAUUGGUGCUGGCAAUGACAGACAGUUUUCCAUCCUUGCUGCGAAGAUCCUCGAGCAGCCAGAGCUAGCAUCUGAUCCUCGUUUUUCGACUAAUGACGCUCGGGUUGCUCACAGAGCGGACAUUGUGAAGAUCAUCACUGACAAGCUGACACAGAAGUCCAGAGACUACUGGCUCAAGAAAUUCCGGGGCUUGGGAGUACCAUUUGGCCCAAUCAAUAAUGUUGAACAAACAUUCAAGCAUCCACAAGCCCUGGCUAGGGAUAUUGUAGUGAAUGUUGAGCAUCCAAGAGCAGGUCCAAUCAAGUUAGUGGGACCUGCAGUCAUGUAUAAUGGUCAAAGGAUGCCAUUGAGAAGGCCACCUCCUUGGCUUUCCCAGCACACUUCUGAGAUUCUGCAGGAACUGGGGUAUGAUGCCCAACAGAUAAAGACAUUGACAGAUGCCAAGGUCAUAUGACUUAUGUUCAUCAGUGGGACUGAGCUGAGUAGACUGGGUCUUGUCAGCUCUUGAUUGUAUGUAUGUACAAUAGAGUUCCCCUGUGUGGGAGAAAGACAGCCAUAGUGGUCAUUAUCCUCACUUCUAUAACUCAAGCUAGCUCAUCAUAGUCUUGGGUGAACUUGAGGAGGAGAGUAUGGCAAGAUACAACCUUGACAGUGCCCUGAUAUUGUCAUGGAUGUGGCUAUUGUCAUUCAGGCAUGGGGCACUGGAUUGUUAUGGUUUUGUUUUGAUUUGUU